AAUGUGCUGCUGUGGGACGAUGACCAAUGAUGAAGACAGGCUUCAAAAGCAGAGAGGACAGUCCAAAGUGCCAUGGAGUGCUGUUUGGGGAAUAGUUAAUGAGAAAUCCCGGAGGUAGAGGAAGGCCAUUGGCUUUAAGCCAGAGAGUUCCUGAUCCCAUAGUUCCAUUUUGUCACCCAGAGCAGAAGAGGGGGAAAUCAUCCAGGACUCCCCACAACCCUGUGAAAGAAAACACAAACAGAGCAAUGUCAAAAUUAGUGGAGUGUGUCCCCAAUUUUUCUGAAGGCAACAACAAAGAGGUGAUAGAUGAGAUUGCCAAGGCCAUCUCUCAGACCGAGGGCUGCAUGCUCCUGGAUGUGGAUGCAGGCCCUUCCACCAAUCGGACUGUUUACACCUUCGUAGGAAGUCCUGAAGAUAUAAUUGAAGGUGCACUGAAUGCGGCCAGAACAGCUUUUCAACAUAUCGACAUGGCAAAACAUAAAGGUGAACAUCCUCGGAUGGGAGCCCUGGAUGUUUGCCCCUUCAUCCCAGUGAGGAAUGUUACUAUGGAAGAAUGUGUCCACUGUGCUAAUCUGUUUGGGAAGCGUUUGGCAGGUGAACUGCAUGUGCCUGUGUAUCUCUAUGGCAAAGCAGCUCUGAAGGAGAGCAGGAUAUCCUUGCCAGCCAUCCGAGCAGGAGAGUAUGAAGCCCUCCCGGAGAAACUAAAAAACCCAGAAUGGGCUCCUGAUUUUGGCUCUGCAACCUUUGUUCCAAGAUGGGGAGCCACAGUAACAGGCGCACGGACAUUCCUCAUAGCCUACAACAUCAAUUUGCUGUGUACAAAGGAGCUGGCACACCGGAUAGCACUGAACAUUCGGGAGCAAGGCCGCGGAAGGGACCAGCCUGGGCGACUGAAGCAGGUGCAAGGCAUGGGCUGGUACUUGGACGAGGAAAAUAUUGCUCAGGUUUCUGCAAAUUUGCUGGACUUUGAGACCACACCCCUUCACACCAUCUAUGAGGAGGUCUGCAAGGAUGCCCAGGAUCUCAAUCUGCCAGUGGUGGGAUCUCAGCUGGUGGGUCUGGUCCCCAAAAAGGCCAUGCUGGAUGCAGCAGAAUAUUAUAUUAACAAAGAAAAUCUAUUCAUCCUUGAGGAGGAUCAUAAAAUCAGACUGGUAAUCAACCGACUGGGGCUGGACUCUUUGUCUCCUUUCAAUCCCAAGGAGCGCAUCAUUGAGGAUAUGGUGCAGGAUGGCAAAGAGAGCGGCUGCCUGAGGUCCUUGCCUCUUCACACUUUUGUGCAGAAAGUUGGUGCCAGGUCAGCUGCUCCUGGAGGAGGAUCAGUAUCAGCAGCGAUGUGUUCUUUGGGGGCAGCGCUGGGCUGCAUGGCGGGGCUGAUGACCUAUGGGAAGCGUCAGUUUGAGGAUCUGGACCCAGUCAUGAGGCGGCUGAUUCCUCCAUUCCAUCAGGCCAUGCAGGAGCUGCUAGUCCUGGUGGACACAGACUCUCUGGCUUUCAGCAGCUACAUGGAUGCUAUGAAGCUCCCUAAGAACACACCUGAGGAAAAAGAAAGUCGGACAGCAGCUAUGCAGCUGGGCCUGAAAAGUGCAGUUGGUGUUCCCUUUUCACUGGCAGAAAAAGUCCAUUCUUUGUGGCCCCUUUUAGAAGAAAUGGCUCAGCAAGGAAAUAUCGCCUGCAAAUCAGAUAUACAGGUGGCAGCUAAAGCUUUAGAAGCUGGUGUGUUUGGUGCCUAUUUCAAUGUUGUCACCAACCUGAAAGAUAUAACAGAUGAAGGCUUUAAGCAAGAGGUGCAUGGGAAACUUUCCCACUUUUUAGAGGAAGCCAAGAAAAGUACUGCAGUUGUGCUACAUCAGCUGGAGAAGCGGACAAUGUGAAUAUCAGGAACUGCUUAUCUAUGGAUGUAUAAGAACCAAUUGUAGUUUUGCCAGGUUGUAUGUAGAUAGACACGCAGAUAUUUUGCCGAGUCAAAUACCAGAGCAACAGUGCUUGUGAUUUCUGUUCUACAGCUGCAAAUGCAGAGUCCCAUGUGCCCCAAUGCUAGUCUUGCACAUUGCUUCCUUGGUGGCUUGUUGUUCUUGGUCACCCCUUGAACCAAAGUAGCCCCACCCACAACACUAGGAUAACAGGAGGAUGCAUUAUUCUGUGACUCACAAAAUAUUUUUGAUAACUUUCUGUUGAAAGUUUGAGAUCUAGAAGAGGGAAGGUUGCUAUAGCUCAGUUCCUUUCAACAGUGUUCAUAAUGAAGUUCAGCUUGCUGUUGUGAGGACCAGCACCAAAGUCCUGGCUUCCGGUUUCCGGUUGCUUUAAUGGCACAGCUGCCACGAAAGUGGAGACUGUUAGCGAAGAUAAGCAAGGAUGAUUUGAGGGUAAUUGUCCCCACCCCUGGGCCCGGGGGGAGCAAGAUUCACUCACAGAUCGUCUCGGUACCUGGCUUUCACUCCGACAUGGAUGUGAGAGGUAGGGAUAUGCUGAGUGCAAAAGCACUUCGCCUCUCGGUAACCCUCCAAUGCCGCCAUUAAGAGCAGUGGUUAUUCUGUACGUUAAGAGCACAGACGCAUGCUGGUAAUGAUGGAAACAGCUACAAGGUCGUACAGAUUUAAAUUGCAAAGAAGACUUCAUUUGAGCAACAUGAUGGUAUGUGUUGUGGGUGGACCCAAUCGCUUCAUUACAAAUCC